AUGCAUAAGCUACAACUGGAUGGUUAUACUCUCAGCGCGGUGGGCGCCCCCGACUCUUUGGAGUAUCGGUCAUAUUUCUCGAGCAAUGGAUCACCCGUUUCGAUUUGGCACGACGUACCGUUGUACGGUGAUGGUGACAAGCAGAGCUUGAACAUGGUGGUCGAAAUACCUCGGUGGUCCAACGCGAAGUUCGAGAUUUCUCGGAAUGAGGCAUUCAACCCGAUAAAGCAGGACAUCAGGGAGGGCAGAGCCCGCUUUGUACGGAAUGUGUUUCCUUACAAAGGCUACAUCUGGAACUAUGGUGCUCUUCCAGGAACCUGGGAAGAUCCCUCCCACAUACAUCCAGACACCAAGCACCCAGGCGAUAACGAUCCUCUUGAUGCCCUUGAAAUCGGCGAGGAAAUUGCUUAUACCGGCCAGAUCAAGCGUGUAAAGGUGCUUGGUGUAAUGGCUCUCCUGGACGAAGGUGCAACAGACUGGAAGGUCAUCGUUAUCGAUAUCAACGAUCCUUGCGCUAGAGAGGUAAACGGCAUCGCAGAUAUACAACAACAUUUUCCGGGCCUCCUGGAUGCGACCCGAGACUGGUUCAAGUUAUACAAGGUUCCCGACGGCAAAGAGCCUAAUAAGGUCGCCUUGAACGGAGAGUUUAGAGAUCGAAAUUACGCCAUGUCAAUAGUCCAGGAAUGCCAAGAGGCAUGGCAAAGACUGAUUGAUGGCAAGACAUCUCCAGGGGAAAUAAGUCUUGUCAGGGGAGACGAGAGCCAUAGAUUGUCAGGUUUCGCCAAUCCUGUAGGAGACGGUGGACAUCGAUCAACAGACGGGAAUUUGGAUAAAUGGUUCUUCGUAAAGAUGUAA